CAUUCUAGAAGAGGGCACUCAUCAAGACUUAUACAAAAUAAUGGCGCAUCCUGCAUUAGCUUCAGAAGCUACUUUAGAAAGCCAGCGGUUUGUACGACAUUCUUCACCAAAGAACCUCUCCAUGGUUAAAUUUAUCUUAAAUGAAUUAUCGGAGACGGAAAGAUCUUACAACCAAUUGCUGAAGCUGAUACAAGAUGUAAACAAGAUAAUGGCUGAUAAAAUUGUCUUAUCACUUACUCAUAUCUUGCCUACAUAGCGUUACAUGAAGCCAAUGAUUGCUGCUUCGCAGUCCAAGGACCCCUUAGUGAAAUCAACAGAUAUUUUGUUCUUGUUUAGUCACUUGCCUGAACUUGUUGAACUAUCAGAUAAAUUGCUAGAUCAGUUUCAAUCAACAAACAAGAUCGGCCAAGUAUUUAGAUCUAUGGAAUCAUAUCUUGUCGUCUUUUUAAAAUAUGCUAUGCACUACAGGGCAAACAUCAAGACAAUCAGAAAAGCAUGUAAUAAUGUUCUUUUCGUGAAAAUCAAUCAAGAAAGUCUCGCACGAAGAGACACAAAUCGUUUAGGUAUGUCUGAUUACUUGAUUGCGCCUAUACAAAGAAUACCACGAUAUUGCUUAUUACUUAAAGAUUUACAAAAAUACACACAUCAUUCAGAAAGCCAUUGUGCCGAUUUAGAUUAUGCACUUAAAAUCUUGACUGGGUUGGCAGUGGCAAUGGAUCACGUACAAAGUAAUAACAAAUCAGCCUCAUUGCAGCCCCGCACUUCCUUGAAAACACUUUAAUCAUUGCAGCAUUUGUAUCAUAUCUCAUCCCAUUUUUUUCUCUCUCUCUCUCUUAUAUGCAUAAAGGGAACAGUUACUUAUUUGUUUAAAUAUGAGUCUGUAAUGUGU